AUUAUAGACCAGAACAUACAUUCAGCUGUGGUAGAGAGUCGCCAAUCUGGAAUGUAACAGACACGGCCAGGAAAUCAGCAGAGCGCGAGAGGACAGGAAGAUUGGCUCGAGCAAAGACUCCUCACAGAGAUUACCAACCAGCCAGAGAGGUUGAAAGUAAAGUGACCAAGUCCGCACUCGCCAGUAGUGCUACACCAAGACUAGAAACUUUAUCAAGACCAAAAAGUCGACCAGAUGGACCAUUCAGAGGACCUAUGUGGCCAGUUUCGAAAAGUGCCCGACAUGCUGCUGCAACAUCACGCCAGAUGGAAUUAGCCAAGUUCAAAGGGGUUGUCGAUGGUUACCUACCAGCUCGCACAAUACAGUGGCCUGUGACUAAAGGAGCCAAGCGAGCGGUCCCAACACCAAGAAUGGAAGAACUUUCACGUCCAAUUAUACGCGCCACCAUGGACCACGUGCAAUUCAAUCCUGAUGCCUUCACCGUCAGUGAGGCAGCGAAGAAAGCAAGAUGUCCCCCGCGGGUGGAAGAACUUUCUCAACCAAUUCAGCGCUGAGAAUAUUCAAUAAAAAUGAACAUUGUCUGAAGGUGUUUAUUAUUAUAAUUUACAGUUUUGUUUCUGUUCAUUCUC